AUGAUAUUUAGGACGAAUCGUACAAAUGAUGAUAUUAUGACAGAUUUAUGGAAAAAACCAUCGCCAUCUUUGACCAUGUUAAAAAUGAAUCGUCCCGAAUGGCUAUAUAUUGUGUUCGGAUGUAUUGGUUGCCUUUGUAAUGGAGGCAUUCAACCGGCUUAUGGUGUUAUUCUUAGUAAAUUAAUAGCGGUAUUUCAAGAAUGUGAUCUAGACAAACAAGAACGCAAUGUUCUUCUUUAUAUCUUGUUAUUUAUUGGAUUUGGUGUUCUUAUGCUAAUAACUAUGUUUUUACAAAGUUAUUUAUUUGCAUGCAGUGGAGAAAAGUUAACGAAACGUUUACGAUCAAAAGUAUUUCGAUUUAUGUUAAAACAAGAUAUGGCUUAUUUUGACGAUCCGAAAAAUAAUACUGGAGCACUAUGUACUCGUUUAGCCGUAGAAGCUUCAGCUGUUCAAGGUGCAACAGGCAUUAGAAUUGGUCUUAUGCUUCAAAAUUUUUCCAGUCUUGGUGUAGGUAUUAUACUUGGCUUUGUUUACGGUUGGGCACUAACACUAAUGCUUCUCGGAUUUAUUCCACUCAUUGUUAUUGGUGGAUUUUUACAAUCAAAACUAGUUAGUGGGUUUGCAAGCAAAGACAAAAAGGCUCUAGAAAACGCUGGAAAGGUGGCUGUAGAAGCCAUCCAAAAUAUUCGUACUGUGGCACAAUUAACAAAAGAAGAGCAUUUUGGUAACGAAUAUGCUCAUUUAGUGGAUAUUCCAUACAAAUCAUCAUUGAAACGAGCAUAUGUAUUUGCUUUUUUUUUUGCAUUGACAAAUUCCAUUACGUUCUUCGCCUUAGCAGCAUUAUUCUCACUCGGUGCAUAUUUAGUCGAUAAAAACAAAAUGCAAUUCGAAGAUGUUUUGCUGUAAGAAAAUGAGCGCAACUUCAUUUAUAAUGUUGUUCUAAAUUUCUCAGACGAUAUACCCAUUCAUAGAAUUGUAUAAUGGAUGGAUCACAAAAAAUUAUAGUGUUAGUAUUUUCAAAUUUUUUCUCCUGCUUCCUGCACUCGAUUGAGCUAAUUAUUUUACCAAAAGAUUACCCAUCGGAUUCUCUACUAAACAUGUCUUGCCUGUUUUAUUUUAAAGAUAUCCGAAGAUGAAAAAUGUCAUGAGAAAGUGUAAAAAGUACUAAAAUAUAGAAAACAUAAACGUAUUGUCUCAAAGAGAACUCUAUUUUUUCGAAAUAAAAAAGCAGCUUUUUUUAACUUCACUAAAGAUUUUAUUUAGUUUUAAAUUAUUUUUGACGUUUUGAAAUAUACAAAGUUCAUUUUCAAGAAUAAAAUCACUAUGUACGUAACUUAUGAAAACGAAAUAGCGCAAGUAAGAAAUAUAUAGAUGUACAGUACCACAGACGAAAGAAAAAUGAGGGAAGAGAAUGAAGGAAGAAAAAUUUUUUACCAAAUAAUAAUGAAGCAAGAGAAUGAUUUCAACUUUUGAACAAGUAAAACGAGAUAGUUUCAUGAAAUAACAUUAGAGAAGAGAAACUAUCUUGUGAAACUAUCUCAUUUUACUUGUCCAAAAGUUGAAAUUGUUCUCUUGCUUCAUUGUUAUCCGGUAAAAAAAUUUUCUUCUUUCAUUCUCUCUCGUCAUUUUCCUUUCGUCUAUAUAUUUCUUACUUGCGCUAUUCCGUUUUCAUAAGUUACGUACAUAGUGAUUUUGUUCUUGAAAAUGAACUUUGUAUAGUUCCAAACGUCAAAAAUAAUUUAAAACUAAAUAAAAUGCUUUAAUAAAGUUAAAAAACGCUACUGUUAUCGUGUAUUUUAUGUUGAAAUUAUUGCCCAUGAAUCGUAAUAAUAUAUUUUUUCGAAUGCUCUCACAAGCUUCAGAGCACGGCUCUAGUAUAUUUUUAUGUAGUUUGCAAUACGCUGCCUCAUCGUGUAGAAUGAAAAUCGUUUGAAUCUAAAUAUUCGACGCAAAGAUUAACUUCGUCGUAAUCAAGCGAUAAUAGCAAAGAUUUUUACCUUUUCUGCGCGACUGAACCAAUUUUUCAAAUCUAGAGAUCUGACGAUAACGACUCACUAAUACUUAUUUAUUUUCAAAAUAAAAAAAGCAACCUCAAUGGAUCAAGUUUGACUGGGUUUCAUUUGUUUUAUUGGAACGCUCAAAUUUAUGGUAAAAAAUCCUCAUUUUUUAGAGAAAGUGGAAAAAACAUGAAAUCAUCCACCCUCAAUUCUAACUAAAAUUUUUCUAAAAUUUUAAGUGGAAAAUAGAGCUUAACAAAUUCUCUCUGACUUACUUUUAGUAAGUAAUACCACAAAAAAAACUGUUUUUUAACUUAACUACGUUGAUUUUUUCUACAUUUUGGUACUUGUCACAAUUUUUCAUGUCAUUUUUACACCUUCCGAUUUUGAAAAAUAACAGUCGAUACAUGUUUUGUAGACAAUCCGACGGGCAAACUUUUGGUAAAAAUAAUUAGGUCAAUCGAGUGCAAUGAGGAGGAGAAACCUCGAAAAUACUCACACUAUAAUUGUUUUUGGGUCACCCGUUAUAUCUUUACACUAUGAGCAUGUUCUAUAACUUUUACAGCUAUUGUCAGCCGUUUCUGGAUUAGAACUUUUAUGAAAAACAUAAUUUAUGACUACUAUGCGUUCCAAAAUACGAUGGUCUUGGAUAUUUUUCGAAUAACUUUUCACAGAAAUGAGAAAUGAGAUCUGCGGUUCUCAGUUUUGAAAACCAGACACCUAAUCACAUAUUUCUAUAAGCAAAAGUGAAUUUUGGAAAAGCUUUUGGCGCUGGGUUUCCAGAGGACCUUUAGGAAACUAGCUUGAGUUUUCCGAAAUUCACAUAGAAAUAUAUUGAUUAUUUUUAUGGACUGAUAGCCUGGGUUGUUCUCUUCAAAACGAGAAUAAAGUGAGACCUUGAUUUUCUGCGAUUCGGGCGUUGUAUCGCAUUGCCGACGGGUCUCAGGACUCGGUGGCUAGCACUCGGUGACUCUUGGUGGUCUUAAAGACGUAUGGACUAUAGAUAAUCGACUAUGCUGAGUCUCGUGAUAAUAUUUGUUCUUAGAAAAAGUUUUAAAAGUCUACUGAAAAGUCAGUUUUACGAAAACUAGGGUUUUCAGCCUGUUUUUACCUAUUAUUAUUUUACAUAUUAUUAUAGAAAAGCCAGUUUUACCUAAUAUUAAAAAAUUCACUAUUAUAAAAUCUCAAGAUAUGAUUAAUUUUAUCUGCUAAACGUGAUUAAAAAAUCGAAAAGUAUAUUUUUGGUAAUGGGUUUUCCAGAAACCCUUUUUGGAAAACCUUCAGGUUUUCAAAAUUUAUUUCUAGAUCUCCUAUAAAUAGAAUGUAAAAUAGCUUAAAUGCUUUACAUUCUGAAAUGUUGAACUCGUUUUGAUGUUUUUUGGUGAAUAGUGAACUUCUUAAUAAUAAUAGGUAAAAACAGGCUGAAAACCCUAGUUUUCGUAAAACUGACUUUUCAGUAGACUUUUAAAACUUUUUCUAAGAACAAAUAUUAUCACGAGACUCAGCAUAGUCGAUUAUCCAUAGUCCAUACGUCUUUAAGACCACCAAGAGUCACCGAGUGCUAGUCCUGAGACCCGUCGGCAAUGCGAUACAACGCCCGAAUCGCAGAAAAUCAAGGUCUCACUUUAUUCCC